CUUCGCAACUUCCACCUUUUACUACACACAUCUUAGCCCGGAAUGGCUCCCAUCACCAACGGCGACUCCAUGGAGCACUCCUCCACCAAGGAUGCUCUCGACUACACCAAGGCUCUUGAGAUUCUCAAGAGCGAGGCUCGCGAUGGCAUCGAUGUCAAGACCUUGCUCGACUCCAAGGCCAACGGUGGCCUCACCUACAACGAUUUCCUGAUGCUUCCCGGCUACAUUGGUUUUGCUGCUUCGGAUGUUUCCCUCGAUACCCCAAUCACCAAGCGAAUCACACUGAAGACUCCUUUCGUGUCUUCGCCAAUGGACACCGUCACCGAGCACAACAUGGCUAUCCAUAUUGCGCUUCUGGGAGGUCUCGGUGUCAUUCACCACAACUGCUCACCAGACGAGCAGGCUGAGAUGGUUCGCAAGGUCAAGCGUUACGAGAACGGCUUCAUCCUUGAUCCUGUUGUCAUUUCUCCCAAAACUACCGUUGCUGAGGCGAAAGCCUUGAAAGAGAAGUGGGGUUUUGGUGGCUUCCCCGUAACAGAGAAUGGUACUCUCCGUUCCAAGCUCGUCGGAAUCAUCACUCCUCGUGACAUCCAGUUCCAUGACAACUUGGAUGAUCCCGUCACCGCUGUCAUGUCCACGGACUUGGUCACAGCACCCCAGGGUGUUGAUCUCAAGGAGGCCAACGGCAUCCUCAGCAAGUCCAAGAAGGGAAAGCUUCCCAUCGUAGACGAGAACUUCAACCUCAUUGCACUCCUCUCUCGUUCCGAUUUGAUGAAGAACCUCAACUACCCAUUGGCCUCCAAGCUCCCCCACUCCAAGCAGCUCAUCUGCGCUGCCGCCAUCGGAACCCGCCCCGAAGAUAAGAGCCGUCUGCAGAAGCUUGUGGAUGCUGGACUGGACAUCGUCAUUCUCGACAGCAGCCAGGGUAACAGCAUGUACCAGAUCGAGAUGAUCAAGUACGUCAAGGCCACUCAUCCUGAGAUCGAUGUGAUCGGCGGAAACGUCGUCACUCGCGAACAGGCUGCAGCUCUGAUUGCUGCUGGUGUCGACGGACUUCGUAUUGGUAUGGGAAGCGGAAGCGCUUGCAUCACCCAGGAAGUCAUGGCCGUUGGCAGACCUCAAGCUACUUCCGUCUACAAUGUCACCCAAUUCGCCAAGCGAUUUGGUGUUCCUUGCAUUGCCGAUGGCGGUAUCCAAAACGUUGGACACAUCGUCAAGGGUCUGGCCCUCGGUGCCUCCGCCGUCAUGAUGGGCGGUCUCCUCGCAGGAACCACCGAGUCUCCUGGCGUGUCUUUCGUCAACAACGACGGCAAGCUCGUCAAGGCUUACCGUGGUAUGGGUUCCAUUGAUGCCAUGGAGGAUAAGAAGGCUGGUGCUGGCAGCAAGGAUCCCAAGGCCAGCAACGCCGGCACUGCUCGGUACUUCUCGGAGGGCGAUCGCGUCCUUGUUGCUCAGGGUGUAUCUGGCUUGGUCCAGGACCGUGGCUCCAUCACCAAGUUCGUUCCUUACUUGAUGGCUGGUGUGCAGCACUCUCUCCAAGAUAUUGGCGUGCAGAGCCUCACUGAGCUCAGGCAGGGUGUCGUUGACGGCACCGUCAGGUUCGAGCUCCGAACUGCCAGCGCCCAGGCCGAAGGUGGUGUCCACGGUCUCCACAGCUUCGACAAGAAGUUGUACUCUUAGACAGAGGCAGCAUAAUGCAUAGAAAAAAAAGGCGUAUGGGUGGCUUGCUUAAUCGCAAUGUUUAUGAUUGAUGGUUUAGAUGAUUGGACAAGCUAGGAAGAGCAAAUGAUACCAAAUAUUUCCAACCACGUUACCGUGCAGUGUGUUUUUAUGAAUCGCGAUACAUGUUGUGCU